AUGACUGUCACUAUCGCAAACCUGGCUCAGCUACGCAAAGAGCUAGGCGUCGAAGGCCAAGCCCUGCUUGACUACGCGCCGCACUCAAAGAUCAGAUAUGCACCUCAGACACAUGACCAGCGCGCUGUCCCUUUCAAGCUUCUGUUUGGUCAGAUCACCGACAAGUACACCAAGAAAUUACUACAUUUUCACUCAUUAGAUCCUGAGACCAGGCAUGACGACAGUAACAUCAGCGCUACGAUCACCACGAUUGCCGGUGCCUUCAAAACACCAAAGAGAGGUUCGAAGAACAAGUAUAUAGCACUGGCAAAGUACUACUUCCUUAAUAUUAUCAUAUCAAGGUGGACGGAACAGGAACGCCAAUAUGACCUAGCAAUACCAAUACCCAUCACGCGUAGUCUUAUCGACGCGCUGAAGACCGCUUGCCGCGAAUUUGAGGCGGAGGCAAAAGCCAAUCUCUCGGACACGCAGUCGCGAUCCCAAUCAGCAACGCUUGUGGAUGAUGAUGAGGAUAGCGUUCUCAGUGACGCUCCAGAGGAUCCGUUUGAGCCCGCCCAGCCGAUCACUCCUGCAACGGUACCUGCUUCUACCUACAGCGCUUCAGCUUCUCAGUUGGUCGAAGAUCGCACCAAACUCCAAGACGAAGAAGUUGAACUCCGAGAUUCCCAGAGCAAGAUAGUAGCAGAGAUAGCGGAGACGAAGCUUGCCCUACAAGAGAUAGGCGAGACACUUCAGGAGGAUGAAGAGAAGAAUCGAGUGAUUGAAGAGAAGCUAAUCAAGAUUGCUGCUCGCCGAGAACAGUUAUUGGAGGGCAUGAGUGCCAUGGAAGCGUACAAGCUGGGCGGGGAGAUGAUGAAGAAGCGCUGA